AUGGAGAAGCCGCCCCGCUCGAGCAUCUACCGCUUCAUCAUCAUGCUUUCCGGGUUCCUCUGCCUAGUUUCCAUCAAUUCAAACCACUCAAUCAUCAACUUCACUUUCAUCUGCAUGCGUGACGACAUGAGUGACGUCGUCGAGACAAAUAAUGGGGUGAGUAAAUCAGUAUAAAAGUUGAGAAAAAAUCAGAGAGUCAGGCCUGAAGUGCUUGGAAGCUCUCAAGCUCUGGCUCCUUAGAAAAUGAAUCAGUUGGGGUCGAAUUAUGAUAAGUAUAUGCUCAGAGGUAUUUUUUAACACCUUGAUUUCAAAUCAGCCAAAAUGGCUUAAAAAAACUCAGAAACUGUGCUCUACCGAGAAAAGAGGUUUUUGGAGUUUUUGAGGAUCAUAACUCUAUAAAUUUGCUUGAGGAGCAUUUUCUAGAGCCAGAAUUAAAACCAGGGUGUCCCAAACUGCUUUUCAAAAAAAAAAAUCGGAAUCUUCAAAUCCCUCUUCAGACCUUCAAAAGCAUCUACGACUACGGGGAGAACGAAAAGUCGAUGAUUUUGGCUUUUGUCGGGGUUGGAACGACGGCGGCGAUGGUCCCUGUCAACUACCUGUACAUUCAUUACGGGGCCAGGUGAGACACGCGACGCGUCUCACUCCAUGCGUCGCGGUUUCAGAUUACCGUUCUUCAUCGCCUGCUUGGUAUCGAGUUUCUCGACGAUUUUCAUUCCUUACACGGCUAAAGCGGGACUGGGAUACCUUCUAUUUGUCAGAUUCAUGCAGGUCAGUCUUGGCUCAGUGGCUAAUAGUAUUAGACAUGAAAUAGGGUCCAAAGUUCAAUCCUAGAGAAGGCCAAUCUUUUGCUAAUUAUUUUCAACGUCCGUCUUCGGCAUAUAUGACGUUUUGGACUGUGGCUCAGCUGGAAAAUUCUUAACUAUGGUCCGAAAGGUCCAAGGUUCGACUCCUGGUCCAAUCUUUUUUUUGCCGGCAUUGGUUGUUUGAAAUUUUGCGCUGAAUAGCCUGAAUUAUCCAUGGAGCGUCUUUGUGCACAAAAAAUAGCCUAUUCAAAAAAAUACCUACACCUAAAUUUUUGACAGUUUCACUAAUACAAGGAUCGAUGUUAACGACAAAAAUAGAUAAUUUUAUCAGUAGAGCAGCCUUGUUGAGGCAAAAUCAGCCUCAGUAAAAGCCGAUUACGUUCAAAUUGUCAAAAAACCCUCUCGACCUUCGUUCAGAACCAAAAAGUGCUCAAUUAUCAAUAGAGCCCCCUUUUAGCGAGCCAAAAAGCCAGGGCUAAAAAUCAUCAAUUUUUUGAUUUUAUAUUUUAUUCCCAAGGUCUCACUCAACUUCUAUCAAUCUCUGUUAACCUUACUCAUCCAAAAAAGCCGAAAAAAGCUCGAUUGUCAAUAGAGCACCUUUUCUGCAAACCAAAAUGCUUAGGCCCAACAAUUUAUAAAUUUUAGAGAACUUUUCCUCUCAACUCCUACCAAUCUUAAUUAUCAUUCGAGCAACCUUACUCAUUCAAAAAAGCCUUCAGGGAGCCGCCUACUCAGCCGACUUUGCCGCCAUCGGGAUGAUCGUCUCAAGAUGGGCUCCGAUCAAGGAAACGGCUAUUUUCAUCGGAAUUCUGACCACUUUCACCCCAGUCUCUUCCAUCAUCACCAAUUUCGCAACGGGACAUGUUAGUUCACUGGAUUUUCGAGAAAGAAUCAAAAAAUUUCCUUAGAUUUGCCAUUCUUCACUCGGUUGGAAGUGGUCGUUCUACUUCCAUGCGGUGGCCGGGGCGAUUCUGGCGGUCGCCUGGUUUUUGAUCUAUUCCGAUGACCCGUCCAGUGACGUCAGAGUCUCGAAACAGGAGCUCACCAAGAUUCAGAAGCACAAGUCGGCGGCUCAUCUGGAAAACACGACUAAGAUUCCGUACAGGGUUGGUUUUUGAAGUUUAUUGGGAUGGCUCUGAGACGCGCCCGACUUGAAACAGUUUGCGCUGGGCGGCUUCAAGAAGCAGUAAAGCAAGCUAUUAGGAUGAAGCUUUAAACCAUGCCAAAUAUAGCCACGAAACUUUACAAAUAGGACAAAAUUCAAACAAUUUAGAGUAAUGACUGACUAGCAUAAUUUAAAAAAUUCGCAGACCGAUUUUUAAGCUUUUUUCAAUGCUUUUCAGUAUAAAUCCACUGAAAUUCCACGCUUAAAGUGUCAUUCCACGCUUAAAGUGUCAUUCCACGCUUAAAGUGUCAUUCCACGCUUAAAGUGUCAUCCGUGCGGUUGCUCUAUUCUCUGUCGUCUCCCGUACGCCUACUCUGAUGGCGCCUCUCACACGCGGGGAGGAGCGGGUCGCAGCUCUCGAAAGGCUCGUUCAAGCCCAAUCAGAGGAAAUUCGUCUUCUUCGAGACCAGCAACGUAAAUCCGACGAGCGGUUCGAAGAAAUUUUGAGAACAAUUUCUGAUCUCACAGCCGUCGUCUGUGAAGUCCGUGAUGUGUUGAAGUGCAAGAAAUCGUAUUCGGAUGUCGUCGCCGCACCUACCGCAACUUCGCCACUUGCCCUUGCUAUGAAGGCACAACGUGCGUUGGAGUCAAGAUCGGCCCAUGAAAAAGACCUGACCAUCGUCGUAGUUGGACAUCAAGAAGCGGAACAAGAAGACCUGACCGGCUGUGCUCGUGAAAUCCUCUCAGCCAACAAUAUCGAUCCAACACACAUUGCCGAAGUCUUCCGUCAUGGCACAAAAAGAGCCGGUUCUACGCGAAUCAUCAAAGUGAAAUUGACCUCAAGGAAAAGCUAUUUCCCGAUCAAGAAAGCCCUCGGACAGUCGACGUUUGGAACAUUCGCCCGCGACGACCUCAGCAUAGAAGAACUGAAAGAAGACCGCCGCCUCCGUCAACAGUGCCACAUCAUGAACCAAGAAGUCGGUCGGAAGUGCUACGUCGUUCGGGACCUUGCCAUCGCCGCCACCAACAACCAGUCUCUCUAUGCCCCAGCAUCUCUUCACGUACCUUCAAAGACAGGUGGGGUGGAGGAAAGAUCUGAACCCGUAGAUAAUAAUAACAGCCAGUCUUCGCAAUGAGUUCUACUAAAAGCAAACUUUAUAUGUCGAAUCUAAGAGGGUUAAAAAGUAAGAAAUCGUUAAUAGAGUUAGAAACAGAAUGUGGAAUUAGCAGCUCAACCUUUUACAUUUUUACAGAGACAUGGUUAAAUUCAAACGAUGAUUUAGAUCUUCUUACGAAUUUCAAUCAUUAUAAUUCUGUUUACAUAUGUCGUCCCAAUCAUAAAAAAGGUGGUGGUCUACUCAUUCUUUAUCCAAAAAACUAUAUACAUUUCGAAGUCCAUCAGAACAUUUCCGAACCAUUGGAAUCCAUUACCAUCAAAAUUACAAACAUCAAUAGCAAAAAUUCCUGGUAUUUGUCAGUUGUAUACAGGCCUCCCGGUUGGAAUCCGCAUUUCAUAUCAGAAUUUUUCAUCAUAUAUGUUUCAUAUUUACGAAUCAAUUGGAGACGGACGCCACAUAAUUGCCGGAGAUUUCAAUUUUUCCGAACAUAAACUGGAACAAUUUGAGUGCAACCGACUCAAUCUCAAAAAAAGUUUUUCUUAGAAUAGUUUGUGAUUAUGGUCUUACACAGAAGGUUAGAGAAUGUACAAGAGGUGACAAUAUUUUGGACUUGGUUUUCGUAUCGGACAAAAGCCUUAUCAGUACUGUUGAUAUAGGAAAGCCCCUGUCAGACCAUAACACGGUUGAAUGCACUUUGAACAUCGAAAAAAAUCUAGUUUUUAACAAAAAUUCUUCAAAAAUUGGUUUAUGACUAUGCAAAAAGCAAAUUUCGAAGCUCUUGAACUAAAGUUGUCAUACAUAGAUUGGAAUUAUCGGUUUUAGUACUUGUUGUUCUCCGGAGGCUAUGUACCAACUUUUUUUAGACAUACUCAACCCACUUAUAGCGGAAUUUGUUCCACAAAAAAUCAUAAAACCUUUUAAAUUCCCUCCGUACCUCAUUAGGCUCAAAAGAAAAACUGAGAAGAAUUAUAUAAAAUAUAAAAAGUCUUGUACCGAGAAAAAUUUAAAAAUUUACAAAGCCAGCAUGAGAUCUUAUCGGAAUUCCAUAAAAGAAUAUAAAAUAAAUCAAGAAAAAAACAUUCUUGAAAAAUCGAAUUCGAGAAAACAAUUCUGGAAUUACGUCAAAUCAAAAACACGUGUAAUCAAAGAGCCUUCUGCAUUACUUUUGAACGAUGAACUGAUCACAAAUGACAGGGCCAAAGCAAAUGUAUUUAAUGAUUACUUCAGCAGCGUUUAUACAGUUGAUGAUGAAAAAUCUUUCGAUCCAGUUUUCAAACCUCAAUUCACUAUAGACAACGUGAGCGUAGAACCUCAUGUUGUAUAUGAAGCAUUGAAAAAAAAUUAAAACCUCUUUACUCAUCCGGACCAGAUAACUUAUCAUCAAUUUUAUGUACAAAACUUGCCCUUCCCCUAGCGUUGCCUUUAUCAUUAAUAUUCCAGAAGUCAUUGGAUACCUCAAUAUUGCCUUCUCUUUGGAAGAAAUCAAUAGUUAGACCAAUUUUCAAAAAAAAUAGCCCUCAAAAAGCGGAAAACUACCGACCUGUGAGCCUAACAUGCGUUCCAUGUCGUGUCUUCGAAUCUACUACUGUCCGAGCUUUAAGAAAUCACUUAUGGAGCAACAAUAUACUCUCUGAUUCACAGUACGGCUUUCUCAACAAUAGAAAUACAACGACGCAACUUCUUCAAAAACAGAAGUUUUUAAUCGAGUGCGCCAGUAGAAAUCAGAAUGUGGACGUUGUUUAUUUAGAUAUUAGUAAAGCUUUCGAUUCAGUCACGCAUAGGAGGCUCAUUAAAAUGUUAAAAGCUUAUGGGUGUGUAGGUCGCUUACACAAAUGGUUUUCACAGUACUUAACAAAUAGAACUCAAUUUGUCCGCCUUAAUGAUGAGGUAUCCAACGAAACCGAGGUGUUGUCUGGGGUUCCACAAGGAAGCUGCUUAGGACCGUUGUUUUUUUCUUGAUAUACAUAAAUGAUAUAACUAGUGUCGUAAAAACAUAGCAAAAUGCUCAUUUAUGCAGAUGAUGUAAAAAUUAUUCAUAAGCUCAGAAACUGAUAAUUAUAACCUCAAGCUGCAAUCAGAUAUUAACUCAAUAAGAUACUGGCUUUUAGAAAGGCAACUAUCUAUUUCUAGCUCUAAAAGCGUCUAUGUGCGGUAUGGUAAAAGAAGGGGAAUCUGGAACGACUAUAGAAUAGGAGAGGAAUCCAUCCCCAAACAAGAGGUGAUUAGAGAUUUAGGAGUUAAUUUCAGUUCCGAUCUGAAAAAUGCAUCAUCAUAUCGACAUAAUAGUCAAAAAAAGCAUUCGUAUAAUCAAUAAUCUUUUUCCGUUGCUUCACUUUUUUUCCGUUAAAAAAACUUUAUGAACUGUUAUAAAGCCAAAAAUUAUACCAAUUUUUAGAGUAUGGAUCGGAGCUAUUCUCUCCACUAACCCAAUCUGACAUAAACAGGCUAGAAUCGGUUCAAAGAAAAAUUCACCAAACGGCUUCUCCCAAAAAGAAACCUAUGCUGUAAGACUAAAAUCCCUUUCUCUAGACACUCUAUGGACAAGGCGUCUGCGAAAAAGAUAUCAUAAUUACACAUCAGUUCAUAUAUGGCUAUUAUUGGUGUCCAUCUCCAUUCAAAUUACAAACGAUAUCAAAUAGACGAAACCAACUGAGAGGCAACGGCCUUAAACUCGAACCACCACCAAUCCAUCAUGUUCACUAUAACUUUAUUACGCAACGCGUGUAUAAAUACUGGAACGGCUUAAACAGAGUUAUGGUUUUUGAGGAUGACCAAAGAAGAUUUAAAAAGUUGUUUGAAAAAAAUUGGUUUUUUUGAUAAGGAAGCUGCAAAUUUCACAAAAUGAUUCAACUCGUUUAUAGAUUACUUUUCUUUUUGAUUCUCUUCGAUUUCGACCUAAAAUAUUUUUAGAUUAAAGUGGAACUUUAUCGAAGUGGAGGCAAAUAUAACUUUCAUGGUUCUCUUCCUCCACGCCACAGAUCUGUCUGUGAGCGAAAUAAACAUUCAUCAAAUUCAUCUCUUCCUAAAAAAGAACUUUCAAGCUCCGCCCUGAGCCUUUAAAAAGCGCUUCAAAGUAGGAUUCAUGAUUCUCAAUUUAAUCAGUUUUCUGAAGGAAAAAGUUCAUCUAUCGACAAAUUUUUUUGAUUAUUUCAAGCCAAAAUUCAACAGGAUGAGCUCACUACGUAGCCAAAAAAAUUUCUAGCCCAAUUUUUUUUUCUAUGGUCUCUACAGCUGAUUCACGGCUGGCUUGAGCGAUCGAAAAAAGGUCCUGACACGAUAAUGCACGAGAUAGUGCCUGGCUCGUGGAGAGCGUAGACAGGCCACGCCCCCUUACAAGAUACCCGUGAAACAGCUAUAUACCAUUCUAGGCUUUGAAUUGAAUAAUUCCUUUACACUUCUCCAAAAUAUUUAUCUCAAUCCUACAAACUUUCAGAAAAUCUUCACUUCCCCAGUGGUCCUUUGCGUUUGGACCUGUGCCUUCACUGAGCUUUCCUGCCUAGUUUUCGUCACCCAAUAUGGACCGCUCUACUUCAGUAGAGUCCUUCAGUUCAAUGUACCUCUUCUGUUAUUUUUCUCUUCACAGAAAAAAAUUAAGGUGACUGAAACGGGCUUCUGGCUGGCCGUUGUUCUGGUCGCCCACCUUCCCUUCCGUUUUCUGGUGGCCGUUAUUAGUGAUAAGACUAAGUGAGCUCAAAAACUGGCUUCAAUAAAUUCGAAAUAAUAUUCCAGAUGCAUGUCAGAGAUGUUCAAAAUCCACUUUUUCAACACUUUGGCCGUUGGGGCGCCUGGGGCAGUUCUGGUCGCUUUUGGGUGGGUUCAGAAUUUUUUUUUUCGAGAAUUACAAAAAGAAGAUCUUUUUACUGUGUUUAAUGAUUGACAGGGAUCGGAAAAAUUUGAAUUUUCCGACGAUCUUGAAACCUUUGAGAACUAUGGAAAAAGAUUUUUGUAAGCUUAUUUUCGGAAAACCUAGAAAUUUUCAAGCUGAAUUUUUUGAAAGACGUAUUUUUUUGGAUCUUGGAAAACUGUUCAGACUAGUCCCCGUGGAGCACAAAUACGUGGCGAUCGCCGUUUUGGCCUUUUUGGAAAUUUUGCUGGGCUGCAAUUGUGGAGGAUUCUACAAGAGCGGAACGCUCCAUACAAGGUUUUAUUUUUAAUUUUGAGUUUGAAAAAACUUCAGCUAAACUUUUUGAAAGUUAAACAUUGGUUUUAGCAAUUUUUGAAGGAAUCACAUUUUAUUUCACAAAAAAUAGCUUUAAAAAACGUUAGAGACCUAUAAAAGUCGGCUCUUCUUUUUAGAAGCUCAGAAUUAACAUGUAAGCUGGUUUUGAGAACAAAAGCUUUCUGUUUACGAGACCCAGAUGAACUUUUGAUGAAAACAGCUGAAAUUUUCUUAAUCCGAUGUCCCUCAAUAGAUCUUUUUCCAAGUUACGAGACUUUAAAAAACGAAAAACACUCAAAAACUCGAAAAAAAAACGUUAUUUGAGGAGUUUGGUCGUGAAGACGAUUCCGAAAAAGAUCCGAUUUGAAAAAUUUUUUCCAUCUAAAAUUGCAAAUUCUUGAAGUCCAUUGAAACUUAGUUUCAUCAGAAGUUCGAUCGGGGGCUAAAAAAUGUUCUUUGUUAAUUUUAUGACUACUGCAGUUCUGUCUUGGAUUAUUCUAACUACUUAUCUUUUUACCAUAUGCAGUGAAUGAGCCUGUAAUUAUUUUUAUGAUAUUGAUAUCUUUGAUGUUCUUUUUUGUUCUCUUCUAUCUCAACGUUUCUCAAAAUGAAAUUUCCAGACAAUUCUCGCAAAUCGUCCUAUCUGGGAUCCAGUUCAUGAAAUGCAUUGCUCUGUUGGUUGGCCCCGCUUUGUACUCGAUUUUCGUCAGUAACGACACAAAUCGCCACCAAUGGGUUCACAUUUUCGGCGUCUACUGCGUUUUCAUGGUUCUGGUGAGUUAUUAUUCGGAUUUUCUGUCAAAACGAAUUGUAGUUUGAUUUCAAACACAAUAGACUAGAAGCUUCAUAAAAAGGCUCAUAGGUUCAAGUCCUGUCCCCGUUUUUGCCAUUUUUAAACAGCUUUCCUGGAUCAUUCAUCUCCUCAGAAGGUCUUGAUGCCAAUUGAUCUUUUUUAUUGUUCUUCAAAAAACUGGAGAGACUUAUUUCAUUACUAUAACGGUCAAGGGUUCGGAUCCGGGAACCGUUUUUGCCAAAAAACUUCAUUUCUCUUAAAAGUCUCAAGUUUAUCUCCUCUACUUGCUUAAGUUCCAUGUUUUUUUAUAAAUUCUCAACAAAUUUUUGGAGGCUUCCGAUAGAACUUCCAUUACUAACAAAGUCGAUGGUUCGAGUUCUGGAAGCUUCUUCGCCAAAAAUCCAUAUUUGAAUAGAAACUCCCAAGAUAAUCUACUCCGCUCGCUUCUACUCUAUGUCAAAAAACCAUUUUCUGCCCUCACAAAAAUUCGAAAAAGCUUCUGUAUCGGUCGGAAGUUCGAGUCCGGUCCUCGUUUUUGCAUUCUUGUAGGUUCGGUCCAUGUUAAUUGUCGACAUAUUUUUGAGGGUUAUUUUAAAAAAUAUUUUCUUGAAGCUCCCCAAACCUAAUAGUAUAAAGUCCAGGCCACACUUCUAUCAUACAAAAUUCUGACUGAUCGGCCGGCGCCGUGGACCGAAGACACCGAGAAACCAACAACUCCCGAAGUCCGUUACACCGACGUCGUCAACAAGAACGUGUUCUGA